GUCAAUUGGAGAAGCGACUUAGGAGGGGGAGGAGGGAACCCAAAAGGCCACAAAGCCCACUGGAUGCGCAUUACCCUGCGCGGCCCGCUUUUUGGUCCCUGGCCGGCCACUCAGAUGGCUUUGCCGCCUCCAAGGGAUCCGUUGGUCGGCCAUUCGGUGCAAGCGAAGACAGCGCCAGGCCAAGGGUGUGCUCUGUGCUCUGUGCUCUGUGCUCUGUGCAGUCACCGCCGCAGUCUCGCCAGCACCAGAGCGAAGAGGGUCGCAGGAACUGCUUGCUGGUUCAACUUCUUACAGAGCACAACAACCCUCCCCUCGCCAGUUUCCUGCACAAUUCCCACUCCCCCAACGAUGUGAAUAUGCCGUUUCCCAUGCUGGCACCCUGCUGCGGUUGUUGUCUGUCUCUGUGAUCUCCUCUGGCUUUCGCAAUACCCGCUUCUCCUCCUGUGAGAGACACGAGCGAAUUUGUAACAACCCACCCACGGCGCGAACUCUGCCUUUCCACCACCACUCCUCUGCCUGCCCCCAAACGUUGCCACGGCAAGGAACCCCCCAAAAUGAGCCCUCGACGCUCAUCCCGUGCUCGCUCGUCGCAGCAGCCCCCUCUCGGUCCCAACCACACAAACUCCACCACUUCAGUCAACUCCAAAUCCGAUCGAGAUACUCGAGCCAACCAUCGGGCAGCCUCUCCUCGAGGACCCUCCACUCAACGAUCCGAUUCUGCUGAUGGCGCAGACUCCUCCUCGCGGGCCGAGCAAAUCGCACCGCGUCGCAGUCGCCGAAAUGGAGAUGACAAAGAACAACUAGUCAAACAACAGGUUGAUGAUGAGGAAAAUGACCUUGACCCUGCCGAUGAGGAAAUCACUCGCUGUAUCUGUGGGCAAGCCGAGUAUCCUGGUCCUUCGCCUGCGCUGCGGCAACAGCAGACAAACCCCGACGUCCUCACCGAUGACACGGGUAAUUUUUUCGUCCAGUGCGACAACUGCGGUGUCUGGCAACACGGUGGUUGCAUGGGUCUGCUUGAUGAGUCGAUGCUCCCGGAUGAAUACUACUGUGAACUGUGCAAACCAGAAUACCACAAGAUCACAAAAUCUGCAAAUGGGCCAAAAUCUUCCCGUUAUCUCCCUGUUCCGGAGACCAACUCCAGUCGAUCCUCUCCCUUAUCCUCAAAUCCUGAAAUGGGCCGCAAGAAAGAGAACAAGAGCAAGCAGUCCGACAGCACCAAGAGAAGGGCCACUUUCAACAGUCGGGGUGCAUACGACGAAGAUGAGAUGUUGAGGAGAGCCAUUGAAGAGAGCAAAGAGAUGGGCACCCUUGGGAAACGGCCAAGAGACGAAUCAGAAGAACACAAGGGUACUUCCAAGCGACAACGUACAGGAUCCAACUCCUCAGGGACAGUCUCUAAGCGCAGCGAAUCACCUGAAGCAGCGGUUGAUGACCCAUCCAGCAGAUCAACCACCAACGGUCGAAAUGCAUCACAGAAACUGAGGGGAACUGCGGCUCGAAACAAUCGCGAGAAGGAGCUUCGAGAAAAGGCAAAGGAACAACAGGCAGCCCAGCGGGCUGAGGCGGCGAGCAAACGUAAUGCUCGGUCAGAACGAAGAAGGGCCGAUGACUCACCCCCUCCCACCCCGAGCCUCUCUCCCUCCAAGGGAGGACAACCCAAUGGCAAAACAAAAGCAGACACGCCCCCGUCUGGACGGUCGAAUCAUAACCAUAAUCGCAAGCCGGGCGGGCGACUGCCUGCGAGGCGAGGAAGACUUGGUAGAAAUCAAUAUACGCGGGACCAGAUGAAUGGAGAAGACGGGGACCAUACGCCUCUGCGGGACGGAUCUCACGAUAUCAACGGCCACGACACCAGAAAUGGAGGAUCCCCAUCUGGUGCCGAUAGGAAGGGAAGUGCAGGGGGCACGGGUGGGGUACAUUGCAUCAACGGUGAGAGUGGACGCAGUUCAAAGGCCAAGACACACCCGGCGAGGACGAGUCUCAACGAGAUGAAGAGGCGUGUAGCGGCGAUUCUGGAAUUUGUUGGCCGCAUGCAGACGGAGCGAACGACGCAGGUUCAAGCGGCGAUACAGGUGAGCGGCGGCAGCGGCGGGAGUUCCAAGGGCUCGAUGACGCCGAACGGCAUAAGCAAGAGCUCGAGCACUUCGAGCUCCGCCGGGAGCGCCCUGCCGACGGCGAGCCUGGUGCGGGCUGUCGAGGCCGGGCUCAAGGACGUGAAAGAGAAGGACGACGACAACGUGGUGUCAAUGAUGGACGAGAGAGAGUUUGCGACGAUGGGCAGUGUGGAUAUGAUGGAGACGUUGACGAGGGAGUUGGUCCAGUGGCAGAGUGUCUAUGGGGUCUAUUCGCGGUGACAAUGGUAAUGGUGCUCACAGGGAGAGCAAGGUACGAAUGAGCCGGGACCAAUUUAAGGGCGCCUAUAAGCAUGACGAUGAUGACAAGAGGGUAUUUGUAACGUGUUUACCGGCUUGCACAAUUGAGGGAUUCCUGCAUGGCGCGGGCAUGAACAUCAUUCUUGAAUCUGGGGUCUGGGACGGAGUCGCAUACCAAACAUGAGAUUUGACGACCGGGGGGAAAAGUGCAUAGUUUGGAGUUUUUUGGGCUGUGCUGGAUCCUCAGACACCCAUCUGACGCUUUGACGCUGUGACGUUUUAAUGUCGAGAAGAGGAAGAGUGCUUUUUUUUUGUGCGAGCCGAAGCAUUGCUUGCAUUUUGCUAGAAGCACCGGCUUGGACCAAAAGAAGGAUCGCAAUGGCAUGGAGCGUGGGCGUUGGCAUGGGCAUGCGGCAUGGGGCAUGGGGCAUGGUAUUGCCAUAAAGGGCACCCAAAAAUAUCCCCGAAAUGACGUCGUCUUUUUUUUGUUCUAGAGUCACCAGAGUUCAACCUUGUGAGAG